AUGGUUUUUUUUAAGAAAAGUGUAUCACCAUCUUUGCUAGCCGAACAUGAGCAGAUCCUGAGUUUAUUCAAGGGUUGUGACGUCAACAAAGAUGGAAAGCUUAGCAAAGACGAAGUGAAAGAAGGUUUUCGAAGGCUUCAGUCUCGUUUUCCUCGUUUUAGAGCUCAACGUGCGUUUAAGGUGGCUGACAAAAACGGCGAUGGGUUCAUCAGCGAGGCAGAGCUCGACGAGCUUGUUGAUUAUGUCUUGGACUGGAAAGAGAGAAAAAAAAUGGUGUUUUUCUUCAAUAAAAGAACAGAAACAACGCACAAAGAUUUACCUCCCAAAGAAGAUUACGACGAAUUAGUGAAGCUAUUCAAGCGUUGCGAUGUCAACAACGACGGAAGGCUUAGCUGGGAAGAAGUAAAAGCAGGUUUUCGACGCCUUCACUCUCGUUUUCCGCUAUAUAGAACCCAUCGUGCCUUCCAAAUGGCUGACCAAAACCACGAUGGCUACAUCAACGUCGGCGAUGAGCUCGACAAGCUUGUUUCCAGAGACACUGAAAGACGAUUAUGCAGAGAUAAAGAGGUUAUCAAGUGUUGUGACGCCAAUAACGAUGGAAGGCUUAGUUGGGAGGAGGUGAAGGCUGGUUUCCGGGAGCUGCAAUCGCGUUGGCCUGCUUAUAGAACUCAACGUGCGUUUCACAUAGCUGACAAAGACGGUGAUGGCUAUAUCACUGAGUCUGAGUAA